UGUUGCUUGCCUCUCAGUGCGCCUCGACUGCCAUCACGAUAAGCCUGCUUUCCACCUUGCUACUAGACCUGCUCAACGAACUUUGACUCCUCGGAUCAAGCUCAGAAACUUUCCGGUGCUUAUCCAAAGCUCCGUCAGAUCUCACCAGUCUCUUGCUGACUGCGCGCUCUGUCGCGGUGACGCUUGCAUACAUGGAUAGCACCUCGGAAGACAACGCAAGAAUCACCAAUGCCUUAACGGACCAGAAAACGAUCCAACAGCUAUCGAGCACCGGCUAUGCGGCCAAGGAAAAGAGGGCAGAGCUGAAGAGGAUAGCGGCCGCAAAAAAGGAGAAAGCUGAAGCAGCAGGAAAGACGGCAGCAGAUACGCAAGGAAAGACGGGAGAAACGAGUGGUGAUAGAGCAUCAUAGGUAGCGG